CGGAAGAUGUCUCUCAGGGAACAUGUCGAUUCAGAGCCAAUGGAGGAGACUUCGUUGUCGUACAGCCUCAAACCACGUCAGCUUCCGAAUACUGUCUUCUCGCUCGGUGGAAGACGAGAGUAAGCUCGCUCGAUCGUCUCGACUGGUUGAAGUGAGUCAUCUCGACAGCAGCAAAAGUGCAAAACCGCCCCAACCUAAGACUUUCCCCAUGAAAGCAAGGUUGAUGCAAUCUGGGAUUAUGUUGGAAGUCGCCCGAAGGUCCACAAUUUGUCGAUUGUAUGGCAACAAAAACCAGGAACAUCGGGUCGGUAGACGGAGCAUUAUUGCGAACAUCAAAAACUUCGGUGAAGCGUACCAUCGGGGCACAGGAUCACCGCCAAUGACCACAGCAUUUUUGUCAGUCGGCAAUUUCGGAAACAGUCGAAGGGUAGGACGUCACAGACAAGGUCCCCGAGGUCAAGUGAAGUGCGAUAAGUCGUGACAAUCGGUGAGCGUAGAUGGUGGGCUUAUGGGGUAGAAAUGGAAGGAAAGGGCGUUGGGGUAGAAAUUCGGCGACAUUGCACCCCACGACCUUCCACGGCGGUGCAUAUCGCUAGGCGAUCAUGAUAUCUGUUCGAGGCCGUCAAAGAUACGGCACUCUAUCACGAUCAAUCAGAGGUUCAUGACGUGAUCCUGUGCGGUCGCUGAUUUAAGCGGUGUCGAUAUAUAACACACGUGGUUCCCGCCUUGCCCGUGUACCCAACAUCUCGAAUUAUCACACUCCAACGCUCAUCUCAGUAGGUAUUGCUCCAUGGAAAUGAUGAAAUAAUCCGGUCUCACUAGCCAUUGCGAGUAGAUCAGAACAAUUCACACGACAUAGUCUCGACAUAUUCGUAACAAUGCCGAACAUCAAGC